GAGAACAUCCGUUGUGUUUCACAGGAACGGCAACAGUUAACUCAGCAGUUACAAGAUGAAACUCACCAGAAGGAACAGUUAAAGCAGAUAAAGAACGAAAUGGAGAAUGAAAGAUGGCAACUGAACAAGACUGUUGAGAAGUUACAGGAGGAGAUGUCUGAAAUGGUAGAGGUCUCAAGAUCGUCAACUCUGGAGCUUCAGAACCAGCUUGAUGAAUACAAGGAGAAAAACCGCAGGGAACUUGCAGAUGUGCACAGGCAAUUAAAAGAGAAAAACCUUGAGGUAGAAAAAUCACGCCUGACAACCAUGAGAAUGCAAGAUGAGAUGCGUCUUAUGGAAGAAAACUUGAGGGACCACCAGAGAGCUCAGGAUGAGGCAAUAACAAAAACUCGGCUGCUAGAACAGACUGUGAAAGGCUUGGAGUAUGAACUAGAAGCCAAAAGCCACUUAAAAGACGAUCGGGCAAGACAAAUCAAACUAAUGGAGGACAAGCUAUCUCACCUGGAACUUGAGCUUGAUGAAGAAAAGACUAAUUCGGAUUUGUUGUCUGAGAGGAUCAGUAGAUGCAGAGAACAGAUUGAACAAAUGAGGACAGAGCUACUUCAGGAAAGAGCUAUAAAGCAAGAUUUGGAGUGUGACAAAAUUUCAUUGGAAAGACAGAACAAAGACUUGAAGAGCCGAGUUCUCCACCUGGAGGGUUCUUACCGAUCCAGUAAAGAGGGACUUGUUGCUCAAAUGGAAGCAAGGAUCACAGAGCUAGAAGAACGACUUGAAAAUGAAGAGAGGGACAGAGCUAAUUUCCAACUAAGUAACCGCAGACUUGAAAGGAAAGUGAAGGAGUUAAUGUUGCAAGUUGAUGAUGAACAUCUCUCAUUGACUGAUCAAAAGGACCAGUUGAGUUUGCGUUUGAAAGCAAUGAAGCGACAAGUUGAAGAAGCUGAAGAAGAAAUAGACAGGCUGGAAAGCGCGAAAAAGAAACUCCAGAGAGAACUGGAAGAGCAACUAGAUAUGAAUGAACAAUUGCAAGGACAGCUUAAUGCAGCAAAGAAGGAAUUAAGUAGACUGAAGAAGUCACCAAGUAAAGUGUUGGCUGAUUCUGAUGAUGAUGAUGAUGUCGAUGAUGAUUUCAGCACGGAUGGUGAUAGCCUCUGUGAAGUACCUUCAGGAAAUAACUUUUCAAAAGAUGGCGACACAAAAAUCUAAAUAAGUAUUGAAUCCGUGAUUCCUUGAAAGUACUGGAAGAAUAACAUAAAUUAUCAAGAAACUGGAUAUUCUAGAAACCAAAUGACAUAAAGGGAUUUAAGAGUUGGGAAUAUAAUGUUUCCAUCCUUACUGUGCCAUUUUCUUAGUAAAUCUCCACUGUUUAUUAUAGAAAACAGGAUUGCAUUAUAAAAUAGCUAUAACAUACAGAUAUAUGUGUAACUGCCACUGAAAACACAGGGAUAAUGUUUCACAUUGGAAAGGUGAUUUUGCUAAAAUUCUGUUAAGUAAAAAGCCAUUUAAAAUUAAUUAAAAAUUACUUUGAAGUUAUUAAAAGCUUUUUCCCUAAAAUUGAGGAAGAUUAAGAAGAUUAUUUAAGAAUUGUAAGUAGGGGGAAAUGAUGUAUAAAAUGUAAAUAUGUGAAACCUGAUCUUUUUAUUGACUACACUAGUACUGUUUU